GCCGGACGUCUGCUAUUCCUGUUUCUUAUUGCACCAGCCGUUGUUUUAUAGGGAAGUUAGCGGCCCAUUUUUCUGCUGGUUCAGUUCACAUUCGUCUAAAUUCUAUCUAGAAAACUCCGUGUCUGUCGAUGCGUGUUGAUAUCCGGUCAUUUUUGUGGCUCUUUAGCCUGAAGCUAACUGAAGAAGCCAAGGGAGCGAGCAUCAUCUAGGAACUGUGUCCAGACUGCUCCAUAGUUCAAGUCAACUGUUCAGAGACAUGAGAUACAGCAGACAGACGGCUGAGUAUGUUUCAUCAUAAAACAGUUUCAAGGGUAUAAACAAGAGAAGGAACAAAAGAGAGUGGUGCUGGAGAUGGUGACUGAUAGAGCAUGUACACACACUUGUACCAUUAUGAUUCACUGACUUUCAUGCGUUGCGCAGCCCCUAAACCUAACCAUCCAAAACACAUGGCUAACAGUAACCAGGACUCUAAACCAAGCUUAAAUUAUGACCUAGUUAUUUUGAAGUUUUAAUCCUCAAAUUGAGGCCUAACCUUUUGCAGAUGAGCAAAAAUGUCCCCACCAAGCAAAAUGUACUCACAAGUUUUUCCAAACAUUCUGCAACAUGAGGCAUCACUUCUUCAUAUAUUUCACACUCCAGCGAAGCCCAACCUCCUGACAGUAGUGUGACUGUGUUUCGUACGUGCCACAUUUACAGUUGCUGAUGAUCCUCACUUCUGUUGAGUUCAAUGAGUCUGGCUCAGAAAACAGGUUCAAUUGCCAAAGUGAAGAUCGACGACCUGAGGAAGUGUGAACCACUGACUCCAACAAUGAGACACAUGUUGCCCUGGUCCACCCAAGCAGAGAGAUUUAGAUGUUGACAGGUGUCCAGCAGCUGCUGGUGAUGAAAGAAGAAGAAGAUGCUACUGAGCAGCAGGAGUGCAGCUCCAGUCUGGAUCAGGAGGGACAAGACCUUUCUCUCCUUAAAGAAGAGAAAGAUGUUGAGGACAAAAUAAAAGAAGAAGCCACUCAGUUCUCCCUCACUGUUGUCAAGAGUGAGUAUGACGAACUUGGAAUCAGCAGCUCGACUCAACAAAUGAAAACGGAUAGUUAUGGAGACGAGUGUGGAGGACCAAGUCCAGCCAGCGACGUGGAGACAUCUCUUCAUGCUGACCACCAGAGGUCGCUGUGCUCUGAAUCUGAUGACACUGAUGACAGUGAGGACUGGGGAGAAACCAGUGACGCUCAGUCUCGUUCAAACUCUGAGGAUCCAGCACGUCAUGUCAGUGACAAGAACGAUGCUGAUCCCAAAUCACCGAUCUGCUCAGAAUGGACGAGGAGAUGUUCGGCAAUGUCUGGACUGACUAGACACGUGGCAUCCUGCUGUGGACAAGGCAAAACCUGCUCCAUCAGAAAGUCAUACAACUGUUCUCAUUGCGGGAAAUGUUUCAGCAAAGCAGCUAAUCUGAAGCGACAUAUGACUAUUCACAAUGGAGAAAAAUCCUUUAACUGCUCUCAGUGUUGUAAGAGUUUUACACGCAAAGACACCUUGAAGAAACACAUGAAAUUUCACACUGGAGAAAAACCUUUCAGCUGCUCUCUGUGUGGACAGUCUUUCAAAGAAAGGGGGACCCUGAAUAUCCACAUGAGAAUUCACACUGGAGAAAAACCUUUUGUCUGCUCUCAUUGCGGCGCAUGCUUUAGACGGAGACACUCCUUUCAGAUACACAUGAGUGUUCACACUGGAGAAAAACCUUUCAGCUGCUCUCAGUGUGGAAAAUGUUUUAAACAUAGCGUUAGCCUCACAAGACACAUGAAAACUCAUGGAGACGUCAAAUGUUAAAACUCAAAGUUGUAGCUUGAAAGCGCUACCACUGCCUUUUCCCCCAUGGCUUGUACAGCAUCUGCCAGUAUUUCUGUGUUUAUUUUUUAUUUAUUUAUUUUAUUUGUUUCUGGGACUCGGCAAAGCACCAGUACAGACUGCUUCUGGACUGUGAUGGCAAAUUCACUCUUUCUCCUUGGGCUGAAGUAGUUCUUCUUCUGCGUGCCACUUUGUCUUGUAUGAUCUUCAUGAGAGGCUGCAGAAUCGGAGUCAGUCACAUUUGCUCUCCACAUCUCUGGUAUGCUCCGAAACUAAACCACAACCUCCCUUGUCUCCUCUACAGGGGGGUGGGGCUUCUUGCCCACAAAUGUUGGUCAGAUUGAGGUUACAGGUGUCCUCCAUCUGCCUGUGUAAAGUAGCAGCUACUGUACAUCAGGCUUCAUAUUUCCUGCUGGGCUUGUUUGAAUGCAGCGAUGCUGCCUUUCACACAUUUUGCAACGGUGGUGCUCAAUGUCGAACAGCCGUCUAAAAUAAAAGAGAAUUGCUAAGGGUGGACCUAAUGGGUUACACUUAUUUACUGACUCGCAUGUCUUUGCUUACUGCGUUUC